AUGGAGAGGAUAUGUUUUCAAUUUCUGGAUUCACUUAUUGGCAGCCCCCUGGAGUUUUGGUUUGAAUUUUCUGUUUUAAGGAAUGGUAGUUCUGGAGCAUAUUAUUCUUCCUGUUUUUGGACAAAAUUGGAGAUAAGUGUAUCUGAUUUGUGUAAAUUAUCUCCGCUGAAAGAAUACAGAAGGAUACGUAAUCCAAAUUGUUCUGCUAGUCGGGGCCCAAUAGCUCAUUUGGUAUUAGGUGGAAGCUCAAACUGUCAUGUUUCAUAUUGGGUACAAGUACUUGCAAAUUGGCUGAAAGUUUGUGCCUGGGAACCAUCAUUUUUUCAGAGGGGAGACAAAGACAUCCUAUCAAAGUCUGGUGUGUUGUGGCCUGUGGCAAUAGAGCAAACUUCCAGUGGCAAGUCCAAAAAUAUUGAAAAAGGUUUUGAUCAGGCUUACUGUGUUAAAGCAACUAAUUACUUUGUAGCAUCAAGUCUUGGUUUGUUUAAUGUGUUGACAAUGACUAUUACUGUUAACAUACCUGUAUAUAUUUGUUCCACAAGAGACCUCCCUUGCUUUCAUGCACAACAUUGCUACCUUCUCUAUGUUAUAUCAAUUUGUGGGCAUGUGAUCUACAUCCAAAGAGUUAUUCUUGUACUCUUUUACUCUCAGUUCGUGUUAUUGAUUAUAUAUAGGAAUAGAAAUUCAUUUCCUCUAAGGAUUUCAUCGGGCGCCCAAAUUCAUUAUUGGAACCAUCAUAUUCUGCAGACUGUAAGAUAUUUUCUAAGGAAUUCGAGUCAUUUAUCUUUUGAUUGUCUUACCUGCCAGGAUUAA